AGUGUUAAAAGCGGAGAGUGGGCACUCGGAGAGCAGCGUACAGGUCUAUGCCGCAGAGUUUUCACUUGUGUAAGUUAAAGAACUGCUUGCAGAAUUUAUGGUAGGACACUAAACCAAUUCACGUCCAGUUAAUCCGGUUAUAAAAUGUUUUAUACUUUUUCGAAGAUGUUUUUUUGCAAGACCUGGGCUGUUCCACUCCUGCUGCCUCUGCUGUUAUCAGCCCAGUAUCAAGGGGACCACGGAAUAGUCGUCCCGGAGCACGGAUUUUGUCAGCCGAUUUCCAUACCUCUGUGCACGGACAUUGCCUAUAACCAAACCAUCAUGCCAAAUCUCGUGGGACAUUACAACCAGGAGGACGCAGGGCUCGAGGUUCACCAGUUUUACCCUCUGGUGAAGGUACAGUGUUCGCCGGAGCUGAAAUUCUUCCUCUGCUCCAUGUAUGCGCCUGUGUGCACAGUUUUGGAGAAGGCCAUUCCCCCCUGCAGGUCAAUUUGCGAGAGAGCCAAGCAGGGCUGCGAGGCUCUCAUGAACAAGUUUGGCUUCCAGUGGCCCGAGCGCCUGCGCUGCGAAAACUUCCCCGUGCUGGGAGACGGACAGAUCUGUGUGGGCCAAAACGAUUCCUCCCACGCCACCCUACCACCCCCAACUCCUGUCUCGGGGACCCACGACCACACCAUGGCCCCCAGACAUGACAGGCCUUUUCGUUGCCCAUCUGUUCUCAAAGUACCACCAUAUUUGAAUUAUAAGUUUUUAGAUGAGAUUGACUGUGCAGCUCCCUGUGACCCCUCAAGGAGCGGUGGGUACAUGUUUUUCACUGACAAAGAAAUCAAUUUCUCCCGCAUAUGGAUUCUGGUCUGGUCUGUGCUUUGUUGUGCAUCUACUUUAUUUACAGUUACCACCUAUUUAGUGGACAUGCAACGCUUCAGAUACCCUGAGCGACCGAUCAUCUUCCUGUCUGGCUGCUACACUAUGGUCUCCAUAGCCUACAUAGCUGGAUACUUCCUAGGAGACAAAGUGGUGUGCAAUGACAGCUUCACCCCAGAAGGCUAUAAAACUAUUGUCCAAGGCACCAAAAAGGAAGGUUGCACCAUCCUCUUCAUGAUGCUCUACUUCUUCAGCAUGGCCAGCUCCAUCUGGUGGGUUAUCCUGUCUCUCACCUGGUUCCUGGCAGCAGGUAUGAAGUGGGGCCACGAGGCUAUUGAGGCCAACUCUCAGUAUUUUCACCUGGCAGCCUGGGCAGUGCCGGCCGUCAAGACUAUCAGCAUCCUGGCCAUCGGGCAGAUCGAGGGCGACGUGCUCAGUGGGGUCUGCUUCGUUAGUCUCAGCAGCCUGGACCCUCUACGAGGCUUUGUGUUGGCCCCUCUCUUCAUUUAUCUCUUCAUCGGUACCUCUUUCCUGCUUGCUGGCUUUGUGUCUCUGUUCAGGAUCCGCACCAUCAUGAAACACGAUGGCACCAAGACAGAGAAGCUGGAGCGACUGAUGGUGAGGAUUGGGGUGUUCAGCGUUCUCUACACCGUGCCCGCCACCAUUGUUAUCGCCUGCGUCUUCUACGAGCAGGCCUUCCGCUCCCACUGGGAGAGGAACUGGGUCAGCCAUAACUGCAGGGGCCUGGCCAUCCCCUGCCCCAAGCAGACCGGGCCCCGCAUGACUCCAGACUUUACCGUCUACAUGAUCAAGUACCUGAUGACUCUGAUAGUGGGCAUCACCUCUGGUUUCUGGAUCUGGUCUGGAAAAACUCUACAGUCCUGGCAUAAGUUUUACACCAGGCUGACAAAUGGCAAACACGGAGAGACCACUGUGUAGAAUAAUGGGACAUCUAAAUGUUGCUGGGACUAAGUUGUGUAUUAUUACCUGUUUCUCAUGUAAUAGGUGAGUAGCAUAGUGAGUAGCCAUUGGUUCUUACAGCAUUUGUAUUCACCUCAACUUUAUAGCCACACAUGCAUGCCAAACUGAGGGUGAGGGGUUUGACAAAAGGGCAAGCUGGAUAAACAAGGACUGAGCCUGACUGUCUGAACAAAUAACAAGCAUGGCUAUGGAUGCCAUGUGCUGAAAUGCUCUCCCUCCCCCUCUCUUAAAUCCACCAUAAGCUCAAGGGGAGUGAUGAUCCAGCAGCCAAGAACACAGAGAGCGGGGAAUGAACUUUGGUUUAUUCGCUCCUUAAACAUUUCAUAUGUAAUUAAAUGAAAUUGUAAAUAGUAUUUGUAAAAACAUGAAAUUAUAUAUUUGUAUUUAUAAGUAAAUACUCUUCCUGCUAGUGUACCUGCUAUACUUUUGCACUGUAAGAAAGCCACAUACCGUAGAUCCAAACAUGCUCUUUUUUUAUUAACUGCUGGUUAUGAAUUACGUUGUUUUUGUAUGGAUUAAAAGAACAUUUUA